GCGGAAGGAUAGAGGGUCGCGGUCCCGCGACGCACUUCAGCCCGUCGCUGCGGCCAGGACCCCGUGUGCGCGGGGCGCCAGCUCCAUGGCGACCGGGCUCGGGGAGCCGGUCUACGGACUUUCGGAAGAGGAGGGAGAAUCCCGUAUUCUCAGAGUGAAAGUUGUUUCUGGAAUUGACCUCGCCAAAAAAGACAUAUUUGGAGCCAGUGACCCGUAUGUGAAGCUGUCAUUGUAUGUAGCGGAUGAGAACAGAGAACUGGCUUUGGUUCAAACAAAGACAAUUAAGAAGACGCUGAACCCAAAGUGGAAUGAAGACUUUUAUUUUAGAGUAAAUCCAUCUAAUCACAGGCUCCUUUUUGAAGUAUUUGACGAGAACAGAUUGACACGAGACGACUUCCUGGGCCAGGUAGACGUGCCUCUGAGUCACCUUCCGACAGAAGACCCAACCAUGGAGAGACCCUACACAUUUAAGGAUUUUCUCUUACGACCUAGAAGUCACAAAUCUCGAGUCAAGGGAUUCUUGCGGUUGAAAAUGGCCUACAUGCCGAAAAAUGGAGGUCAGGACGAUGAAAACGGCGAUCAGAGGGACGACAUGGAGCACGGGUGGGAAGUUGUCGACUCAAACGACUCAGCUUCCCAGCACCAGGAGGAGCUCCCUCCCCCUCCCCUGCCACCAGGGUGGGAAGAGAAAGUGGACAAUUUGGGCCGCACUUACUAUGUCAACCACAACAACAGGAGUACACAGUGGCACCGGCCCAGUUUGAUGGACGUGUCCUCCGAGUCAGACAAUAACAUCCGGCAGAUCAACCAGGAGGCUGCACACCGGCGCUUCCGCUCCCGCAGGCACAUCAGUGAAGAUUUGGAGCCCGAGGCCUCCGAAGGCGGUGGAGAGGGCCCUGAGCCUUGGGAGACCAUUUCCGAGGAAGUGAACAUGGCAGGGGACUCUCUCAGCCUGGCCCUGCCCCCACCUCCUGCCUCCCCAGUGUCUCGGACCAGCCCCCAGGAGCUGUCUGAAGAACUGAGCAGAAGGUUGCAGAUCACUCCAGACUCCAAUGGGGAACAGUUCAGCUCUCUGAUUCAGAGAGAGCCCUCGUCCAGACUCCGGUCCUGCAGUGUCACGGACACCGUUGCUGAGCAGGCCCAUCUACCACCGCCCAGCACCCCAAGUAGGCGAGCGCGUUCGUCAACUGUCACGGGUGGUGAGGAAUCAACGCCAUCAGUGGCCUAUGUACAUACCACGCCGGGCCUACCUUCAGGCUGGGAAGAAAGAAAAGACGCUAAGGGGCGCACAUACUAUGUCAAUCAUAACAAUCGAACCACCACUUGGACUCGACCAAUAAUGCAGCUUGCAGAAGAUGGUGCCUCGGGAUCAGCCACAAACAGUAACAACCACCUAGCCGAGCCUCAGAUCCGCCGGCCUCGUAGCCUCAGCUCGCCAACAGUAACUCUCUCUGCCCCACUGGAGGGUGCCAAGGACUCACCCAUACGCCGUGCUGUGAAAGAUACCCUAUCCAACCCACAGUCCCCUCAGCCAUCACCUUACAACUCCCCCAAACCACAACACAAAGUCACACAGAGCUUCCUGCCGCCAGGCUGGGAGAUGCGGAUAGCGCCAAACGGCCGACCCUUCUUCAUUGACCAUAACACAAAGACUACAACAUGGGAAGACCCACGGCUGAAAUUUCCAGUACAUAUGCGGUCAAAAGCAUCUUUAAACCCUAAUGACCUGGGUCCACUUCCUCCCGGUUGGGAAGAGAGGAUCCACUUGGAUGGCCGCACAUUUUACAUCGACCACAGCAGCCAGGUGUUAUGUGGAGAGAAUGACACCAGAGAGUCAGUGCCCUUAUACGAUAGUAAAAUUACCCAGUGGGAAGAUCCGAGACUACAGAACCCAGCCAUCACUGGUCCGGCUGUUCCGUACUCCAGAGAAUUUAAGCAGAAAUAUGACUACUUUAGGAAGAAAUUAAAGAAACCUGCUGAUAUUCCAAACAGGUUUGAAAUGAAACUUCACAGAAACAACAUAUUUGAAGAGUCCUACCGGAGGAUCAUGUCUGUGAAGAGACCUGAUGUCCUGAAGGCUAGACUAUGGAUUGAGUUUGAGUCCGAGAAAGGCCUGGACUAUGGGGGCGUAGCCAGAGAAUGGUUCUUCCUGCUGUCCAAAGAGAUGUUCAACCCCUACUACGGCCUCUUUGAGUACUCUGCCACUGACAACUACACGCUCCAGAUCAAUCCCAACUCCGGCCUCUGUAACGAAGACCACCUCUCCUACUUCACAUUCAUUGGAAGGGUCGCUGGCUUGGCGGUGUUUCACGGGAAACUCUUAGAUGGAUUCUUCAUCCGACCGUUCUACAAGAUGAUGCUGGGGAAGCAGAUAACCCUGAACGACAUGGAGUCUGUGGACAGCGAAUACUACAAUUCCUUGAAAUGGAUCUUAGAAAACGACCCCACGGAACUUGACCUCAUGUUCUGCAUAGAUGAAGAGAACUUUGGGCAGACAUAUCAAGUGGAUCUGAAGCCCAACGGGUCAGAAAUAAUGGUAACAAAUGAAAACAAAAGAGAAUAUAUUGAUUUAGUAAUCCAGUGGAGAUUUGUGAACAGGGUCCAGAAGCAAAUGAAUGCCUUCUUGGAGGGGUUUACAGAACUUCUUCCAAUCGAUUUGAUUAAAAUUUUCGAUGAAAACGAGCUGGAGUUGCUGAUGUGCGGCCUCGGGGACGUGGACGUGAAUGACUGGAGACAGCACUCUAUCUACAAGAAUGGCUACUGCCCCAACCACCCCGUCAUCCAGUGGUUCUGGAAGGCUGUGCUACUGAUGGAUGCCGAGAAGCGGAUCCGGUUACUACAGUUUGUCACAGGCACCUCCCGAGUACCCAUGAAUGGAUUUGCCGAACUUUAUGGUUCCAAUGGUCCUCAGCUGUUUACAAUAGAGCAAUGGGGUAGUCCUGAAAAACUGCCCAGAGCUCACACAUGCUUUAAUCGCCUUGACUUACCUCCAUAUGAAACCUUCGAGGAUUUACGGGAGAAACUUCUCAUGGCCGUGGAGAAUGCUCAAGGCUUUGAAGGUGUGGAUUAAGGAAGGCCUUCUGCGUCGGGGGCACUGCCCUUCCAGCAACUUCCACGUGCACUUUGCAUUUGCCUAGCAGACUUUUGCAGAGCCGGUGGCAGAAGCAGUUGCCUGGCCUGGCUCCGGAGCCCAGCUUGUCCAGGCCCUGCCCGGGUUCCGACAGGGAACCCAGCCCCUUCCACCACCAAUCCUCAACUGGUUGACCUGUACACUGAUUACAUUUCAGGAGGACUUGUUCUAUUUAUGUUGUGCCUCUGCAGGCAAAGCCCUUAAUAAAUAUUUUGCAUACUUUCUAAUGACAAUGAAUGGAAUUAAUCACGUUACAGGUAUAGUGUUACAACUCAUGUUUACUUUUUAAAAUGAUUUAGACUGAUUUUCAGAUUUUAUUUCAUUACAAUUAAAGUUGUCUCAUGUUCUUGGAAAA